UAAUCCUUGUUUUUAUACGGAUUUUGCUCUCCGUCGUAGCUAUAAAUACUUUAUCGCUUGGAUCGUGUUUAGCCACGCAUUGAAUCACUUUCUUCACAAUCCACUUCAAUGGCUGCUCAUUCCUUUGAUUCCCGGAGCGGUUUCUGUCCUCAAACCAAGAUUUACAAGAGCCUCCGGCCACCGUUGCCGCUUCCGCCGUCAUCUCAGCCACUUACCGUUGCCGGACAUGCCCUUUCUGUUCUCCGAUCAUCUCCUCCUCCGCCCAACACUGCUGCUCUCGUCGACUCCGACUCCGGCGUCAGUGUCUCUUACGUCAUUUUCCUUCGUCAAAUCCGAAACCUCACCUCCAACCUUAGAGCUCUUUACUCCUUCUCCAAUGGUCAAGUGGCUUUUAUUCUUUCACCGACUUCUCUGCAAAUCCCCGUGUUGUAUUUUGCUCUCUUGUCUCUCGGCGUUGUUGUCUCUCCGGCUAAUCCAAUCAGUUCCGAAUCGGAGAUUGCUCACCAGAUUAAUCUCUGCAAACCGGUUAUUGCCUUCGCUACUUCCUCAACAGCGUCUAAGAUACCGAGGCUUCAAUUUGGCACUGUACUGAUAGAUUCACCGGAGUUUCUUUCUUUGAUGACUGAAAGUAGUCGAUCGGAUGGAGAGGACGAUUAUAUUGUCGACGGAAAAAUCAAUCAAAACGACUCCGCGGCGAUUCUGUACUCUUCAGGGACUACUGGACGAGUGAAAGGCGUCUUACUCUCUCACCGGAACCUCAUAUCGGCGAUCUCUGGGGCUCAAAUAUUAGAGAAAACGCCCGUCGAACGAGAGAUCGAGCCACAUCCCGUUGCUCUGUGUCUGUUACCUUUGUCCCAUGUUUUCGGGUUCUAUAUGUUGAUUCGAUCGAUUUCAGAGGGCGAUACCUUGGUUCUGAUGCGUAAAUUCGACUUCGAGAGGAUGUUAAGAGCUGUGGAGAAGUAUAGGGUUACAUACAUUCCGGUUUCUCCGCCGCUGAUUGUGGCAAUGGCCAAAUCGGAGCUGGUGGCGAACUAUGAUCUCAGUUCUCUUCAAAUUUUGGGAUGCGGCGGCGCUCCUCUUGGAAAAGAAGUCAUCGAUAAAUUCCAUGUCAGGUUUCCCAACGUAGAAAUUAUACAGGGAUAUGGCUUGACAGAGAGUUCAGGAGCGGCAUCAAGAACUCUGGGGCUUGAAGAAUGCAGUAAAACAGGUUCAGUAGGUCGCCUAUCUGAAAAUAUGGAAGCCAAAAUAGUUGAUCCUUCAUCUGGAGAAUCCUUACCUCCUGGUCACAAAGGAGAGCUUUGGAUUCGAGGUCCAGGAAUCAUGAAAGGUUAUGUUGGAGAUGAAAGGGCAACUGCUGGAACCUUGCAUCCAGAGGGAUGGCUAAAGACGGGUGACCUCUGUUACUUUGAUUCUGAUGGAUUUCUCUACAUUGUUGAUAGGUUAAAAGAAUUGAUUAAGUACAAGGCUUAUCAGGUCCCACCUGCUGAAUUGGAACAUUUGCUUCAAUCCCAUCCUGGGAUCCUUGACGCUGCCGUGAUACCCUAUCCAGACGAAGAAGCAGGAGAGAUUCCUAUAGCUUAUGUGGUUAGAAAGCCUGGAAGCAAUAUCAGCGCGACUCAAGUCAUGGAUUUCAUUGCAAAACAGGUUGCACCGUACAAGAAAAUCCGGCGAGUUUCUUUUGUCAACACGGUCCCGAAAUCACCUGCAGGGAAGAUUCUUAGGAGGGAGCUUGUCAAACAUGCUCUCUCUCAUGGUUCUAGCAAGCUAUAAUAAAGAGAAACGGAAAUGGAAAUGUACAUAAAUUGGCAUCUCAGAAAGUAGGCAGCUUUAGCAGUUUUCAACUUCAAUCCCUUAUUCUUUGUCAGCUACGUCAGAAGCAUUUUACUAUAGUUAUUAUUCUUUCUUUUUUCGAUAUUCAUUUGUAGUAUAGAUGUUAAAUAAUUUUUCUUUUAAUUCUUAUUCUAAAUAAUCUAAUAUUCA